AUGGCCCCUAAACCCAAUCACCAGAGGGUCGCAUACGUGCUCCCUCUUCCAGAUGCUCCCGGAGGCCAUCGGCUGGGGGUGAACGGCUUGGCCGUAGACGCCGACCACUCCAUUCUCUAUUCCGCCGGUCGCGAUGGUGUCGUCUGUUCCUGGGACCUCAACCGCCCUCUGUCCUCCAAAACACCUCCUUCAUUCCUUGGCUCCAAGCAACCAGGCCAGACAACGUUUCGGAACCAGAUACAAGCACAUAGCCAUUGGAUCAACGACAUUGCCUUAACGCAGAACAAUACCGCCCUUGUUUCCGCGUCCUCGGAUACGACCGUGCGGUUAUGGCGACCUCACUCGGAGUCGACGGAUGUGCCCGCGCGCAUUGGGAAGCACGCCGAUUAUGUGAAAACUCUUGCAACGCCGGGGAAUCAUGCCAAUUGGGUUGCGUCGGGUGGUUUGGAUCAUAAGCUGUACCUGUGGGAUUUGAAUGGCGGCGGCGAGGUUUUGAACAUCGACGCGUCCGGGGAUGAUCGCACGGCCAAGGGCUCUGUUUAUGCACUAGGAGCCGUUUCGUCUGUCUUGGCUAGUGGAGGACCCGAGAGCGUAGUCAGGGUGUGGGAUCCGAAGUCCGGGAAAUUGAUCACCAAGUUUGUAGGACAUACGGAUAAUAUUCGCGAUAUUCUUGUCAAUCGCGAUGGCGAUACGAUCAUGACAGCCUCAUCCGAUCAGACUAUCAAGAUUUGGUCCCUUACCGCCGGAAGAUGCAUGCACACGUUGACGAUGCAUAACGACAGCGUCUGGUCACUUUACUCAAACCAUCCGCAAUUAUCCGUCUUCUACUCCAGCGAUCGCUCCGGCCUUGUCGCAAAGACCGAUACCAGGAACUCUCCGGACAUCGAGCAGGGAAUCUGUGUCGCAGCGCUGCAGGAGAACGAAGGGGUCGUUAAGGUGGCGGCUGCAGGGGACUACCUUUGGACAGCUACUCCGAAGUCCAGCAUCAACCGGUGGCAUGAUAUCGACACGACCGCUGAGAUCGAGCCUCCAUCGUCUGAUGAUCGCGAAAGUGCCGCGAGUCCCUUACCUGCCAACGGGCCACAAAGGCGAAAGAAGAUACCCUACAAUUCCGUCUUACUCCUGUCAAGCACCUCGACUUUCCCUGAAGCGAACGUGCCGCCAGGAAGACCAUCCAUAGAAUCGGUCGUGGAGGACGAGCUUGAACUCACGUUACCCAUCCAAACACUGCCAGAGGAGACAAUCGAGGGUCAGAACGGGUUAAUCAAGCAUCUCAUGUUGAAUGACAGGAAACGUACAUUAACCCAGGACAGUGCUGGAGAGGUUGUUCUAUGGGAUUUGCUGAAGUGUGCUCCAGUUAAAUCGUUUGGCAAGCGCCAUAUGGACGACGUUGAAGCCGAAAUCAACACCACAGAGAGUAUCGCACACUGGUGUACAAUUGACAUUCGGACUGGUAGAUUAUCUGUCAUUCUGGAACCCAACCGCUGCUUUGAUGCAGAGGCGUACGCAGAUGAGAUCGAUCUGCCUGAUCGGUCGGAGCUCAGAGAUGAUCAAAGAAUCAACCUCGGAAAGUGGAUAUUACGCUGGCUCUUUGCUCCGUUGGUUGAUGCAGAAAUCAACCGAGACCAAGACUAUCGUGCAGAAACGGUCAUGAAGGGCGAGGAGGUUGCACGGCAAAACUCGGCGAACCUAUCACCUUUGGAUAUUCCCUCAGGAGACGUACCAAGGAGCCUAAACAUCCCAAUUCCUCACAACGGUGCCUCACCUACAACUCCACGGGCUGGAAGUGACGUGUUCGGGAGCCCGACGACUCCUGGAUUUGGCAUUGGAUUUGCCAAUACGCCUGGGACUCUGGCGUCGUCUAUGGGCGGUGGAAGCAACAGCAACAAUCUAGGCACGUCACCUGGCCAAAGCUUGGGUGAAUUUGCAGACAGCAUGGCAUCGCCUACGCCCCAGCAAACGUUAGAUGCCACCCGGAGUUCCAUGUCAGACCGGUCAAGCGACUACUUUACAUCGAGAAUGCAAACCACGGAGACAGAAAAAGGUAGCCAGGGCGACCAAACACCAACAGCCCUUUCUCAUUCACCCGUCGAACCAGACAAAGAAGAUAAGAAAAAGGGAAGUUCCCUGUUCAGUAAGAAAUUCCGCAUGGGAAAACUCGGCCGGACACCGUCAGAAGUCAAGCCGCAGCAGCAGAUCCAGGAAGAAAAGGAAAAGCCGGAGGAAUCUGAAAGAUCAUCUGUCAAGGAAGAAAAGGUGUUUGAAAAUAACCUGAGUGGGUUCAUCGAGCGGAUUCGACAUGGAUAUGAUGAGUUCCUCGCCGCGAAUCCGGGGCAGGAUUUGACCUCGGCUAUCACGCCUAUCCCUGAUAGCGAGACUCCUGUGUUGAAUAUCCCGCCGAGGACUGCUGUCUUCAUACAGGAGGAGUCUGGAGAUACGGCGGUUGCGUCUGAUCUGUACAGAGGGAGUGUUGGUCGUCUGAGCGAGGAGAUCGAUCAGCUAGAGAAGUCGAUUCCUCUAUGGCUCGCAGAGCUUCUUUUGAAGGACCAAAUGCCGCACAAAGAACCUGUCAAGGUGGCGUUUACUUUGCGACCACUUGAUAACCUUCUGCCACCGGUAGUCAAGCCUGAUGGACCCCCUCUUAAUGGCCCGAGCAACCAUAACAAUUCCCGCUUGAACGCAAACCGAAUGCUUCGUGCUAAGAAGGUACUCUCCUACGUCGCCGAACGAAUCGACCCAACCUUCACCGAAGAACCCGCGGAGGAUGCACUGAAGCCAGAGGAGUACCUGGAGCUAUACUGUCAGAAUAUGUUAAUCCCCCCGAACAUGACAUUAGCAACAAUCCGAAAUCACAUCUGGCGCACUUCAGGCGACAUGAUCCUCUACUACAAGUCCAAUGGAAAGAAAGACCUCCCAAUCCUCGGUUUAGGUGGCGACGAGGAUAAUAGUCAAGCUGGCUCUCAUCUACGGGCAGAACCGGCUCCUGCUAAUGGGGGAGAGAAUGGCAGCGCGCCAACGGGGAGUAUUCAUUCUUUGACGGCAUCGGGAUCUGGUUCGACGUCUAUUAACAAUUUUUAG